CUGGGGUUGUGGCGAGGCGUUGUCAGGGUUGAAUUGAUGACCAUCGGCAUUAGAGACCAGAUUCUUCAACUGAGCGGUUCGGUCGACGAUGACUGCGUGCAAGGUGGUGUGGGCUGUGGCCUUUUUGGGUUGUCUUAGUACUUCGCUUGGCCAAAUUCAGAUUCCGUACGGCUUAAGAAGGUUUCCUACUUUUCAAGCACCUAUUCAAGCACAAGGCCCCGUCUUUGGACAGCCUCAGCAAAUAAUUUUUGGACAGCAGAGUGGACAGCCUGAGCAGAAUAUUUUUGGACGGCAGAGUGGACAGCCUGAGCAGAAUAUUUUUGGACGGCAGAGUGGACAGCCUCAGCAGAAUAUUUUUGGACAGCAGAGUGGACAGCCUCAGCAGAAUAUUUUCGGGCAAGAGAGCGAUGGCGAAGGUGUUGUCUUUGUAGCAGGCGACUCCGGUGCUGCUAACAGGGAUCCUAUUAACACGUUUGGUAGUGGUCCGGCAUUCUCUGGCGGAGUAAAUCCUCAUCCUGGUCGAACAUUCCAGGACAUAUUUGGGGAUGAUGCAGGUAGACCAGGUGGAGUGUUUCCCGGCACUUCGGUCCCAUUUAACAUUCUCCUUGGUCAACUAAGAGACCUCACUGGGGCCGCAGGAUUCACUGGUUCUCUCCUUUCUACACCAGGAGUCUUUCGGCCUCAGUUUGGUGAUAAUUUAGCACCUGGAUCUACUUUCCAAUUUGGGGGAGGCAGUAAUCCUGGUUUUCAGCCCUUAAACCCAAGUUUCGCUGGAUCCGCAAAGGUUAUUCAAGCCCGCCCGGAUGUGACGCUGACUCGCACAAUAACUAUAGACAGGUUCCUCACUACAACAGACGUAGUAUUUGUGAAUGAACCCCGCACGGCUACGUUAUUCAGCUUCGUUACCCAAACUUCUGUUACAACUGUGGUGGUUCCAACACCCGUUGCUCGUAGUUUGGUGGUUAGCACAUCUAUAGUCACUCGUGUUCCUGUCACAGUCACCGUAACCAGCGUGAAGUCAGAGUUCCAAUUCGUCACUCGCACGGAGAUACAAUACAUCACGCUCACCCACACGUCCCGCGCUUUUACCCACGAAACGCUCACUACCACAGUAACCAGAGUGCAGACAGUGCCUACAACAUUGGUCCGCACCAACGUCAACACCGUUACCACCACCUUCACGGCAUCCCGCGUCAUCACCUCCACAGCCUUCACCGGCGGCUAUUAUUGAUAUUCAUAAGGUUUAGUUGAAUGCAUCUACUGUACAAGACAUGAACAAUAAAACUAGACUGAUACAA